UAGGUGGCCCUGCUGUAUGAUGAACUACAUUUUAACCACAUGUAAAUGUGUUGUACGUGCGGUACCACUCGUAAACUGCGGUAUUCGAGGCUUUCACGUCACCAUGUGGACAUAGCAAGGGAAAAAGCUGGUGGCAAGGGAUCAGUUCAGGACCUUCACUCAGGGAGCACAUGAGGAUAGGUCAACUUGAAGUCAACAACGGUGCAACGUUCUCAAGGACAGUGACUCAGUCUUACUUGAGGAGGAUCAUGUCUUUAAGUGUUACUCAGGAGUGACUGGCUGACAGUGUCACUCAGGAAAGACGAUUGCUCAGGGACCAGGAAUAUUGCAGCUGCAGCAGCUAAGAUGUUCUCUUCGUUGACCGCCAAGGUGCUAAGGAUUGUGGGUAAGAAUGGCCUCCCAGAUGGGUCAAACAUUUUGGCCACCUUAGGCCACGUUAAUGUCAUCAGCCGUAUCUCAAAAAACUUAUCAACAAGUUCUCCUGUGUGUGUAAGGACACUGCGAUAUCUGGGUCAGCCGACCCCACAGACCCACCCCCAUUUGGUACGACCCGGGGAGGUCACCUCGGGAAUCCGUCAGGAGGAAUUCCACCGGCGCAGAGGUCAGCUCAUGUCCGCCAUCACGGAGCAUCACGGGAAUAAGACAAGACACGUUGUCAUCGUAGCGUCCAGCCCUGUGAAGUACAUGGCCAUGGACGUACCCUACCCCUUCCGCCAGGACCCAAACUUCCUCUACCUCACUGGUUUUAAGGAACCCAACAGUGUUCUCGUGCUCGAAUCUUGCCCCGGAACUUCUCCGUCCAAUCACAGAGCAACGCUGCUGGUUCCCGAGCGGAACCCUGAACGUGAGCUGUGGGACGGCCCGCGCUCCGGGACGGACGGAGCGUUACAGCUGACCGGAGUGGACCAGACGUUGAAAAUCGAUGAGCUCGGCAAAUUCCUGGUCCAGUUCAGGACUCAGGAUUGGACGGUGUGGUUCGACCAGUUCAAACCGGUUCACAGACAUCUGUGUGACCAAAUCAAGAUGUCGCUUCUUCAGCCCAGAACGCUGCAGAGCAACACUCCCACCCAGCAGGUCAGCAGGUUUGUACAGCAGCUCCGAUUGGUCAAAUCUUACAGCGAGGUGGCGCUGAUGCAGAGAGCUGCGGACAUCACGGCGCAGGCCUUCGCCGACGCGAUGCGCUUCUCGUUCCCCGGCGUGAGCGAGGCACAGCUGCAGGGAAAGCUGGACUACGAGUGUCGGAUGGACGGGGCGGACAUGUUGGCGUACCCACCAGUGGUCGCUGGGGCCAACCGGGCAAACACACUGCACUACAUCAGUAACAAUCAGGUGAUAAACAGUGGAGAGCUGGUAUUGGUGGAUGCAGGCUGUGAGUACCAUGGUUACGUGUGUGACAUCACCAGGACCUGGCCAAUCAGUGGCAAGUUCACCGAGCCCCAGAAACAGCUGUACGAGGCUGUCCUGAGUGUCCAGAAGACGUGCCUGAACCUUUGUCGUCCUGAGAUCUCUCUGGACCACAUCUACACGGUCAUGCUGAACCUGAUUGGGCAGAAACUGAAAGAUUUGGGGAUAGUCCGGGACAAGGAUGGCUACGAACUCACUCAGACAGCCCGUAAGUACUGCCCCCACCACAUCAGCCACUACCUCGGCAUGGAUGUACACGACACACCAGACAUGUCCAGAUCCUCCAAGCUGCAGCCUGGCAUGGUGGUCACUGUUGAACCAGGAAUCUACAUCAGGGAAGACGAUCAUGCGGCGCCGGCAGAGUUCCGUGGGAUCGGGAUCCGGGUGGAGGAUGACGUGUUGAUCACAGAAGGGGAUCCCCGGAUCCUGACUCACAACUGCCCCAAGGAAGUGCACGAGAUCGAACAGCUGAUGGCAUAACGGGGCUGGAAAUACUGGGUGUA